UUCCUUCGUCUCUCCUCCUCCCCUUCCUCAAGCUCCAAACAAUGGCGUUGCUCGUCGAGAAGACGGCCUCCGGCCGCGAGUUCAAGGUCAAGGAUUUAUCUCAAGCCGACUUCGGCCGCCUCGAGAUCGAGCUUGCCGAGGUAGAGAUGCCGGGUCUCAUGUCCUGCCGCGCUGAGUUCGGCCCAUCCAGACCAUUCGCCGGAGCCCGAAUCACCGGAUCCCUCCAUAUGACCAUACAGACCGCCGUCCUCAUCGAAACCCUCACCGCCCUCGGCGCCGAGGUCCGAUGGUGCUCCUGCAACAUCUUCUCCACCCAAGACCACGCCGCCGCCGCCAUCGCCCGCGAUUCGGCCGCCGUGUUCGCUUGGAAGGGCGAAACCCUGCAGGAGUACUGGUGGUGCACUGAGCGGUGCCUUGACUGGGGCCCCGGUGGUGGCCCGGAUCUCAUCGUUGAUGAUGGCGGUGAUGCAACGUUGCUGAUCCAUGAGGGCGUGAAGGCUGAGGAGGAGUAUGAGAAGACUGGCACGAUGCCAGAUCCGAAUUCGACGGACAAUGCUGAGUUCCAGAUCGUGCUGGGGUUGAUUAGGGAUGGGCUGAAAGUGGAUCCUAAAAAGUAUCGGAAGAUGAGGGAUCGAUUGGUCGGCGUCUCGGAGGAGACGACCACCGGAGUGAAGAGGUUGUACCAGAUGCAAGCCAAUGGGACGCUGCUCUUCCCGGCGAUCAAUGUCAAUGACUCUGUGACCAAGAGCAAGUUUGACAAUCUAUAUGGAUGCCGCCAUUCUCUCCCUGAUGGUCUGAUGAGAGCAACAGAUGUAAUGAUUGCUGGAAAGGUGUCCGUGGUCUGUGGCUACGGAGAUGUUGGCAAGGGUUGUGCAGCCGCACUGAAGCAGGCCGGUUCCCGUGUCAUCGUAACUGAGAUAGAUCCCAUCUGUGCUCUCCAGGCCUUGAUGGAGGGCAUCCAAGUGCUGACCCUGGAGGAUGUGUUAUCUGAAGCUGACAUCUUUGUGACCACCACAGGAAACAAGGACAUACUGAUGGUAAACCAUAUGAGGAAGAUGAAAAACAAUGUGAUAGUUUGCAACAUUGGCCACUUUGACAAUGAGAUUGACAUGCAUGGUCUGGAGACCUACCCUGGUAUCAAGAGAAUCACCAUUAAGCCCCAGACUGAUCGCUGGGUCUUCCCAGACACCAAUUCUGGAAUCAUUGUUCUUGCUGAGGGCCGUUUGAUGAAUCUCGGUUGUGCUACUGGCCACCCCAGCUUCGUCAUGUCUUGCUCUUUCACCAACCAGGUGAUAGCUCAGUUGGAGUUGUGGAAAGAAAGAGCCAGCGGCAAGUACGAAAAGAAGGUGUAUGUAUUGCCGAAACAUCUUGAUGAAAAGGUUGCUGCCCUUCAUCUUGCUAAGCUCGGAGCCAAACUGACUAAACUCACACUUGAUCAAGCUAAUUAUAUCAGUGUUCCAGUGGAAGGUCCUUAUAAACCUCCUCACUACAGAUACUAAACCAGAUUGCUGUUACUGAUGCAGAACACAACAUCAUCAAACAUUUUUAUUUGUUCAGUCCUUGGAGUGUUUAUUUUUCGUUGCCUUAGUCUUUGUUUUUCAUUCAUUACUUUGAUUCAUGCAUGAGAGAGCGAAUAAUGACGGUUUUUUUUUUGUUUAAAAUUUUCCUAAUUGUCUUGUAUUCAGUUUAGCACCGGAUCUUGCAACAUCUUUCAUUUAUUGUUUUCAGAGGCAGUUGAUUUAUUCUUCA